CUUAUACUUAACUAAUUGUUUCAUAAUUAGAAUCAAUUGAUUAUUCAAAUUAAAAAUAUAAUAUAGAAUGCAGAGACUCACAUCAUCUCUUAGACUUCUUUCACUUGCACAAGUAAGAACAUCUUUGCCAAUCAAUGCUAGAGCAGCAAGCAUUGUGCAACCAAGAUUGUUUACUACAACUUCAAUUAUUCAAGAAAAAUUGACUACCGAGAAGAAGACGAUUAAGAAGACUACCAAGAAAACUACCGGGGCUAAAACUGAAGUACAAAAGGCUAAGGAAUCGAAAAAGAAAUUAGCUGAGAAGGCAAAGGUUGCUGCUCAAAAGGAAAAGGCAAAGAAGGCUUCUGCUAAGGAAAAGGAAAAGUUGAAGAAGGAACAGAGCAAAGAAGCACUUCGAUUAAAGAAGAUUUUGAAGCGUCCAGGUCAUGUCAGUGCUUACAACAUGUUCACCAAGGAGACUAGAACAAAGGAUAACACAUUUAUUGAAUGUACUCAAAAAUGGAAUGUUUUAUCUGAUAAUGAAAAGGUAAGAUUUCAAGAACUUGCUGAUAAAGUAAAUAAGGAAAAAUUACAAAUUUACAAUGAAAAGCCUAAAUGUCCACCAAAUGGUUAUGCCCGCUUUUUACAAGAAAACUACAAUAAGGAUUUACCAAUUGGUGAAAAUGGGUCUCUAAUUGCCAAAAAAUGGCAAGCAUUGACUGCCGAAGAAAAGGCUUCUUGGGCUCCUGCACCAGAAUUGGUUGAAGCUUACAAAGUAGCAAAGAAAGAGUGGACUGCCAAGGUGAUUGCUAGUCACUCUCAAUAAACCUAUCGAUGAAAAAUGAAAUAUGGGCUGAAGUUUUACACUUCAAAUACUAAAAAAUUGUUGUUUACCUUUACAUACUUUUAUUUGUAUCUUAGUUUAUUGAAUAAAUUAUAUGUAAUAUUAAAUCUUGAAUAA